AUGGCGGUGACGCCGAGCAGGAGCGGGGCGGCGAGGAAGGGGCAGGGCGGGCGCGUCGGCGGGAACCGGGCUGCGGCGGCGGCUGGGGCCGGGAAGAAGAAGCUGGAGUGGACUGGCGUGCGGUACCGGCCAUGGGGCCGGUGGGCGGCGGAGAUCAGCGUGCCGCGCACCCGCGCCAGGCUUUGGAUCGGCACCUUCGAUAACGCCAUUCAGGCUGCGCUCGCUUACGACGCCGCGAUGUUCUGCUUCUACGGCGCGCACCUGCCCAGGUCGCGGAAGUUCAAUUUCCCCGCCGCGCCGCGCCCCGACGUCCCCGAGCACGUGCGCGUCGAGCUCACCGUCGCCAACAUCAAGGCCAUCGCCGAGAAGUACGGCCGCAGCCUCGCCGGCCACUACACUCCUCCGCCCGUGCGCCCCGCAGCCGCACCCCUGGUUGCGGCGGCGGCUGGUGAUGCUGCUGGCGCAGGUGCAACUGCUACUACUGACCAUGGCAACAUGAGCGACAUGGCUGACGAUGUCGUGACCAAUGCUGACUGCCUGCUCUCCUUGAGCCUUGACGAUAUCGCCGCGGUGAUGGCCCUUCUUCUUGGCUAG